AUGGAGGAGGAGGAGGAGGAAGGCGUAGAGGCGCCUCAUCCUUCACACCUCCCCAGCGAUUUGUGGCCUUCUUGGCCACGAGGUGUGCAAAAUCUUUCAGAAGCUCAUGAAGAAGAGCAAAUGAUUGCAGCGGCUCCGCCCAAGAAGUCCUGUCAGGAUGACCAGAGUGACGUGGAUAGAUCUUACGAAAAGCUUCACACUUCAUUACGAAGGUGCCAUAAAGAGCUCCUGGCAAGACUGGACAGCCAGGAUGCAAUUCUCAGGCAAAUUCAGGGCAGCAUGUUGGAAGAACUGCUGACCACCUCCCGCGAUGAGCUCAUUCUGCAUGGACCCCGGGGAGAAUCCAAGACUCUCUCAGGGGAAUUUGCAGAGCAAGCAGAGCUAUCUUUCAGCCCUGAGGUCUUCCAUACCUUCACUGAAGCUGACCUGGCACUGCGGCAAAGAGCUGCCGACGUGGAAGGGAGCCUCAACCGGCAGCUCUUCGCGGGAAACUCUGAGGGAUCGGCGAGCAAGAAGCUGAGCCUCUGGGAUCGCUGCCAUCGUCGGAUGCGCAAACUAGUCAGCAGCCAUUCAUUCGACAUGUUCUUUGCCCUGGUGGUAGUCUCCAAUUCUUUAUUUAUGGGCAUCGAAGUCGAGUUUGCCAUCCAAAGUCCUGAACAUUUACCAAUUGGACUUGAAAUCGCCCAGUACCUAUACGCAGUUCUCUUCACCAUCGAGCUCAUAUGUCGCGUUGGAGCGUUUGGAUUUGGUUUCUUCUGUGGUUCAGACUGGGUUUGGGCCUGGCUGGAUUUGGGCAUCGUCCUCAUUUCUUUUGCGGAGAUUGCCGGGGACAUUGUCACCAAGGUCAAUAGCGCGGGAGGUGCUGAGCCUUCGUCCGUCGGAAGCUUUACCGGUUUCAAAGCAUUCCGACUCAUACGGAUCACACGCCUCCUCAAGACUUUGCGAAUGGUGCGAAUCUUCCGUUUCAUCAUGGCGCUUCGAACCCUGGUUACCUCCAUUGUUUUUACACUGCGCUCACUAUUCUGGGCUCUGACCUUGCUGGUGCUGAUUGUCUAUGUUUUUUCGAUUCUGCUCGCUCAAGCUGUCCACAACCACAUGCUUGACGCCAAGAACCCACCUUUGCCAGAGGAGGCCAUGAAAUAUUUCAGCUCGUUGAGCCAAACGAUGCUGAGUCUUUUCAUGAGCAUCUCUGGUGGUGUCAGCUGGGAAGAGCUUGUCUUUCCCUUGCAGGAAAUCUCGAGUGUUUGGGUUAUGGUCUUGCUCUUCUAUGUAAGUUUUACUUACUUCGCGGUUCUAAAUGUGGUCACUGGAGUCUUCUGUCAGUCAGCAAUCGACAGCGCCCAGAAUGACCAUGCCAACAUAGUCCAUGCCAUGUUGGCCAACAAGGAGGCACAUAUCGAGAAAAUCAGUUCGCUCUUCAGCCAAUUGGGUGCAGAGAAGACGGGCGUGAUCACAUACGCCAUGUUUGAGGAAGGGAUGAAUACACCUGCAAUUUGUGAAUACUUCGAAACCUUGGGUUUAGACGUGUGGGAUGCUUGGUCCUUCUUCAAGCUUUUGGAUAUGGAUCGAGGUGGAGCCGUCGAGAUUGGCGAGUUUUUUAAGGGUUGUUUGCGGCUUCGGGGUCAAGCCCGUGGAGUGGAUGUGGGAAGAAUUAUGCAUGACCAAAACUGGCUCAUUAAGAACACGGGACACUUCCAGGCCUAUAUGGAGGUAAAGAUAAAGCAGCUGACAGAAAUGACUCCUGGCAACCCUAGCUGGUCUGUGCAUUUUAAGUCGGUUGCGACAACCAUGAUUUUGCAGUUCAGUUCAGAUGACCAAACUUUCUUGAAUAUGUUUAGCGCAUAUGUAUAA